CCUCCCCAUUUCAAACUUCAAACUCGACCUCCUCCUCCUCCUCUUCUUCUUCUCUCUCGUCCAUUGGCGAGGGCCGCCAUGAACGGCAAGGGCGGAGACGGCGGGGGGCACGAGAGCCGCGGGAGCGACCACGACGACAUGGACAUGUUGAAGCCGCUGCUGGUGAACACGGGGAGCUGGUGGUACGCCAUACGCAAGUCCCACGUCUCUGCAUUCCUCUGCACGCUCAUCGUGGCGCUCGGCCCCAUCCAGUUCGGCUUCACGGGCGGCUUCUCCUCGCCGACGCAGGACGCCAUCACCCGCGACCUCAGCCUCUCCAUCUCCGAGUUCUCGGUGUUCGGCUCGCUAUCCAACAUCGGCGCCAUGGUGGGCGCCAUCGCCAGCGGCCAGAUGGUGGAGCACGUUGGCCACAAAGGGGCGUUGAUGAUCGCUGCUAUUCCUAACAUCCUCGGUUGGUUCGCCAUCUCCUUGGCAAAGGACACUACGUUUCUGUAUAUGGGGCGAUUGCUUGAAGGAUUUGGUGUUGGUAUCAUAUCCUACACGGUGCCUGUUUACAUAGCAGAGAUUUCUCCUCAGAACAAGAGGGGCGCUCUAGGCUCUGUGAACCCGUUGUCUAUAACAAUUGGGACGGUGUUGGCCUAUGUGCUCGGCAUGCUUGUUCCUUGGAGGAUGCUUGCGAUGAUAGGAACCUUGCCAUGCACAAUAUUGAUACCUGGCCUAUUCUUCAUUCCAGAAUCUCCAAGAUGGCUGGCAAAGAUGAAUAAGAUGGAUGAUUUUGAAGCCUCUCUACAAGUUUUGAGAGGAUCCGAGACCGAUAUAACCUCAGAAGUGAAUGUUAUAAAGACAGCUGUAGCAUCAGCAAACAAAAGAACGGCAACCCGUUUCCAAGAGUUAAACCAAAAGAAAUUCCGCAUGCCCCUGAUACUAGGAAUUGGCCUGCUUGUACUACAACAACUAAGUGGGAUCAAUGCUAUACUGUUUUAUGCAGGUAGCAUCUUCAAAGCUGCAGGUCUUACAAACAGCAAUUUGGCCGCAUGUGGAGUUGGAGCUAUUGCGCUUCUUGCCACUGGAGUUAUAACCUGGUUAUUAGACAGAGCUGGCCGACGGAUCCUACUUAUUAUCUCUUCUGCUGGGAUGACCCUAAGCCUUCUUGCAAUUGCCGUCAUAUUUUUUCUCAAGGACAACGUUCCACAAGAUUCUGACAUGUAUUACAUAUUAAGCAUGGUCUCCUUGUUUGCUAUUGUGGCUUGUGUAAUCACCUACUCCUUCGGUAUGGGCGCCAUUCCAUGGGUCAUAAUGUCUGAGAUCCUGCCGGUUAGCAUCAAGAGCCUGUCGGGAAGCUUCGCGACGCUCGCCAACUGGCUGACCUCCUUUGGGAUAACAAUGACAGCAAACUUGCUGCUAAGCUGGAGUGCUGGAGGUACCUUUGUGUGCUACAUGCUCGUGAGCGCUUUCACGCUUGUGUUCAUCAUGCUCUGGGUUCCGGAGACCAAGGGAAGAACUCUUGAGGAGAUACAAUGGUCGUUCCGCUGAGCUCGGUAGAUUUUCAUCGUAAGUUGGAAUAUUUCUUCGAGUUGGCUAUCAUCUACAUUUUAGAAGUCCGAUUGCUCAUAUACAACGUUAUUGUUUGUGUAUUCCUGUACAUCAUUGUUUCAGUUGACUUUGUAUAGAGGGCAUGUGAUUGCCGUGCUAUGUUAUGUUUAUCUGGGUUCCAUGCCUGUGCAGCUGGUGAUCAGUGCUUCCUCUUUAGUUAGGAAGGUGUUGGUUGUUGGAAUUUGCUAGUAGGCCUUUGGCCCAAAGCCCCACUAAAAUUCUGAAAUUCUCUUGGCGUAUUCAUGCACACAUGUGAGUGGAGUGAGUGAGACUAAAGUUUAGUCCCACCCCAGAAGUUGAGAGAAAGUUGCAUCUCUUUAUAGUGAGCUCUUCUACCCCUUGUAUGAGCAUGAAAAGAGGAGACCUAUACGCGCACUCCUCGUCCCGCCACGCCGCGCCGCGGGUUGCGGACAGAGCUAUGCACGUUGUCUAUAUUUUUUGCUGAUCGGGAAAAAUUAAUGAGUCAUUAAUUAAUAAUUAACAGACGCGUUAAUUAUUGAACCGUUUUCGAUUCCUUGGAUCGUGAUGACUCGGACGUGGGGUUUACUCCCGCGACCUACCCGAC